UAGCUAGCAGAGAGCGAAACAGAAGAGACGACGAGCGACGCCAAUCUGCGAAUUCGCAUCAAUAAACAAAAACCAAGUUGGGAUUACAUAUACACCACAUACACACAUUCAUACAUAUGCAUAUAUGUAUAUAUAGAGGUGGAAGAACUUGAAUCUCUUACGUGCAAACAAUUGAAAGCUGAACUUCGCACUGGACGGCAAUGGAUCAGAAGCGGGCCAUGCUCUAUCCGCAGGUGGAUUUCAACACGCCCAGCGCACCGUCACCGACGCCGACGACGACGCCAGCGAGGGAGUCGGUUGGGCCAGAGCUGGUGCCCGUGGAGGCUCCGCCAUCGUACGAUGUGGCAAUAGGCACAAACGCAGUGACUGUUCCAGCAAUUGCAGUCACCCCACAACCGCCGCAAGUGGUCUACGAGUAUGAGCAACCAGCACAGCAGUCCACUGCUGUCCAAAUGGAAACACUGAACUUGGGUCCGAAUCCCUGCAGAGUACUCUGCCCUGCCUGUGGUGCCCAGAAGACCACACGCAUGACUCACACGGCCAAUUCGCGGACGCAUUUGGGAGCUGGACUGCUAUGCCUAGUCGGGUGGUGCUGUUUUGCCUGCUUCGUGCCCUACUGCAUGAACAGUUGCCGCACUGGCAACCACUACUGUCGCAAGUGCAACACUUUCCUCGGCGCAUACAGCCCCAGCGGACUGAAAUGAAGAUAAGACUACGGUGAGAUGUGAUCUGGUGGUACCUACUCGUACAUAUAACACAAACAAGAGCUGCUAUCUCAGCUGUUUGCCUAGAUAUUUGCAUAUGAAUAUAUUAACCAUAAACAAAAGCCGCUGCCGCUUACCUUCUUGUUGCUGUCGUCAAGCCUUUGGCGUACCAUCUAAGAGCACAGCGUUGGUGGAGGUCGACGUGCAUCGUCACUAUGCUGCUGCCUAGCCUUAAAUAAUGUUAAAUACUCGAAUAGUCUCUAUGAAAAACCACAAUAAAGCCAUGCAAGGGAUAAA